UUGAAUUAGUGUUUUGUAUUAAUAAUUUUUAGAAAUGGAAGAAUUUGAGAAAAUUGAGAAGAUUGGUGAGGGCACGUACGGUGUUGUUUAUAAAGGCCGCAACCGAAUCACGGGCCAAAUUGUAGCAAUGAAAAAAAUUCGCUUGGAGUCUGACGACGAAGGCGUACCGUCAACUGCGAUCAGAGAAAUUUCUUUGCUUAAAGAACUAAAACAUUCAAAUAUCGUCAGUUUGGAAGAUGUAUUAAUGGAGGAAAACCGCAUUUACUUGAUAUUUGAAUUUUUAUCAAUGGAUCUAAAGAAAUAUAUGGACUCGUUACCACCAGAGAAACUUAUGGAUAGUAAACUUGUGCGAAGCUAUUUGUUUCAGAUAACAAGUGCUAUUUUAUUCUGCCAUCGUCGUAGAGUAUUGCAUCGGGAUUUGAAACCUCAAAAUUUACUGAUUGACAAAAAUGGCAUAAUUAAAGUUGCCGACUUUGGACUGGGAAGAUCUUUUGGCAUUCCUGUCCGCAUAUACACUCAUGAAAUUGUGACUCUGUGGUACAGAGCACCCGAGGUAUUACUGGGCUCUCCCCGAUAUUCAUGUCCCGUCGACAUAUGGUCAAUCGGAUGCAUUUUUGCCGAAAUGGCAACACGAAAACCGCUUUUCCAAGGAGACUCUGAAAUCGAUCAAUUAUUCAGAAUGUUCAGAAUUCUCAAAACUCCAACUGAAGACAUCUGGCCGGGCGUAACUUCGCUUCCCGAUUAUAAAAAUACUUUUCCUUGCUGGUCAACAAAUCAAUUAACAAACCAGCUAAAAAAUCUUGAUGACAAUGGUGUAAACCUCAUACAAAGAAUGCUAAUCUAUGAUCCAAUACAUCGUAUAUCAGCCCAAGAUAUUUUGAUGCAUCCAUAUUUUCAAGGGUUUGAAGCAGGUUUAAUAUCUAGUUAACUUUCGGAAUAUCGAUUCAAAUAAAAGCUUAUGUCAACCAGAAA